CCUUUGGGUACAUGCACGCCUCUACCCACACGUAUAAGGUUGGUACGCGGGCUAGCCAGCUCGCUGUUGUUCAGACUUCCAUAGUUGUUGACCUUCUUAAAGCCAAGAAUCCAAAUGCAAAUUUUAAAUUAAUCAAAAUAAAAACUAUAGGGGAUAAAAUAUUGGAUGUUGCAUUGUCAAAAAUAGGCGAAAAAAGUUUGUUUACUAAGGAGCUUGAAAGUGCGCUCUUAUCCCAUGAAGUUGACUUUGUUGUCCAUUCCUUGAAAGAUGUACCUACUUCUUUACCCGCCGGCCUUGUUCUUGGCUGUGUUUGUGAACGAUUGUCACCUUGUGAUGUCGUUCUUAUGUCUCCAUCAAACCGCGGUGAGAAGUUGUCAACUCUUCCCAAAGGUUCUGUCGUUGGAACUGGUUCACUAAGGCGGGUGUCUCUACUCUCUCAAAAAUUUCCUGAUCUCAAUUUCGCAUCUAUUCGAGGGAACUUGGUAACCCGUCUUUCAAAACUCGACGGAAACACCGACAAUGCCCAUUCGUUACAGUCUAAUGAUACUCGGUACGACGCACUUGUAUUAGCUAAGGCUGGAAUUGAGAGACUUGGCUGGGAAGAUAGGAUAGAUGAGAUACUGGAAGACAUGCUCUAUGCAGUUGGCCAAGGAGCUCUGACUUGUGAAUGUCGAUAUGAUGAUAAUGACUCUCUCCGCUUGCUCUCUACAAUUCAUAACGAAGCUGCGGCACUUGGCGUUAUUGCAGAGCGGGCUUUAAUGCGCGGGCUCGACGGCGGAUGUUCGACACCAAUUGGAGUGCGGUCUUAUUUGGAUCCAAAUGGAUUCAUUCAUCCUCAUUUUUUGAAGCUGGAAGGCGCUGUCCUUAACCUUGACGGUACAAGGUGUGUAUUCGAUCAGAUGGUAUCUAACUUACCUAGUAUACCUCCAGACACCUUUUUGCUGAAGUACAAUCAAAGGUCGUCUUUUAAAGGCGAAAAAGUGAUUAAGCCGAAAUCAGAUGAAGCCUUUGACAUCGCCAAUCGUAAUUCUAACAUCAAUCAAAUUAAACAAAGGCAACUUAAACGUGGGUUGUCUGGAGCCAUUACCAGCGUUACUGUUCGCCACUUACCCAGAGUCCGUUCUCACUCAACUUCAAGUUUAGGCUUGCUCCCACAAGAUUCCUGGCAAGAUGACUCUAUUUUAGCUUUUCCUCGAGGCAACAUGUGGAUUACCGAAAGUCCGAGCCCUAUUCCUCAGCCCUAUGAUGAAUUUACUUUUCCUAUUAAAAGAAAAAGGCGAGAAAGUUCCUCGUGUGAUAUUUCCAGUGCGGCAACGCGACUCUCUCAAAAAUUACAAAUUGAACAACCCGAGUCAGAAGACCUUAAAUUGGCUCUCGACCCCGAUACUGUGAUUCUUGGUUUCUGCAUCCGCCCGAUAUGCUCUACUGGCCGCCUUCGCAUGGUCUGCGCUCAACGUUUAGGACAGCGGUUAGCGAAGCGUCUGCUCUCGCUAGGAGCAGACGCCAUUCUGGAAGAGAUUCGCCAUGGUUCCAAGAUUCCCCCCCAACCAGUGAGUGACCAUAUCCGUAUUAUUUUGUUCUCUUUUCUAACAUAUUUCACUGUAUGGAUAAUUUUUCUUUUCAAUUUAUUUGUUUUUGACUUCUCACUCUUACGUAAGUUACGCUUAAAUGGCAUCAACUUGAAUCUAACUUCCCCAUUUUUCGCAUUUACGUCACAUCAGCUUGCAGUUAAGCUUGUAUGA